GAAUUGGGUGAUAUAACUUUAUAUAGCAACACAUAUACCGUCAGAGAAUAAAGAGUUUUCAACCUCAUACAACCUCAGCCUUUUUGCUUAGAACGUGACCUAUAGGACGCCCCUUUCAACAUCCUAGUCGUCAAUACAGAUAGCGUCCAUCUAUCCAACUCCCAAAAGCACAGCUGUAUACACCGCAAAUUAACAAUGAAACACCACCAGAGAACAUCAUCAUCACAGAUGAUCAACAACCUCCGCAUCCGUAAUCAGAACCGCAAACCGUUGUCCGAUGCCGAUCUCUCAGCCUACUCCAGCGAUUCGCUCGAAGAUGAUAAGAAGCUGUUUGAUAUCACAGACUCUUCCGACCCCCAGAAGCUUUCGGGAACCACAAGCUCCUCUGACGAAAAAUCGCCCCUCGGCCCAGCGGAAGAUUCACUACAAAAAAUGUCGCAAAGCGAACAGAAGAUUGUCCUUGACAAAUCGUUCAAGAAGCUUCUCCAGCUCGAACAAUCGCUUCACCUUCGCCGUAACAAGGAGGGGAGCUUCCGCUCACGUUUCCACGAUGGUGCCAUGAUCCCCGAUGAUACCACCAUCUUUGACAAAAGGUCUUUAAAAGAAUCCAACUUCUACGGGUUUUUUGUGGUGUUCUGGCUCGGGGUAGGGCUUGUUAUGUUUGACACGGUGCUUAAGCUCUAUUUUGAGUUUGGCUUCAGCGCACUUUUCGAGGCGGCCGUGUAUUCCACACUUCGCCGCGACGUGUUCAAGGUAGGUCUCACCGAUUUGGUCAUGUACUUGACGAUGUACCUUACGUACGGGGUGCAGAAGCUCGUGCAAUGGGGGUAUUUGGACUGGGGCCGCGCUGGCUGGAUCCUCCAGAAUGUGUUGCAAUUCUCGUUUUUGCUUUUCCACAACGGGGUGGCGAUGUAUCUCGGCUACCCAUGGAUCGCCCGUGAGUUCCUUCUCCUCCACUCGCUCGUUAUGAUCAUGAAGACUCACUCCUAUGCUUUUUACAACGGUUACCUCUGGGGAAUUCAGCAGGAGUUGACCGCCUCGCAACAGGCCUUGGCUAAGGACGCCAUGAAUGAAUCUCUUUCUCUGGAGGAGUGCCGCAAAAGGUACGAGAUUCUCACAUCCAGCGUAGAGUUCUGCGAGUUUGAGCUCCUGGCACAGCUGCCCACCACCAGGUUCCCCCAAAACAUCACUCUCAACAACUUUUUUCACUAUACCAUGUUCCCAACCGUGGUUUACAGCAUCGAGUACCCGCGUACGGAAAAGAUCCGCUGGAAAUACGUUGGAGAAAAGCUUCUAGCAAUCUUUGGUCUCAUCUUCAUGAUGAUCACGCUCGCGGAAAGCUGGAUGUACCCCAUCGUUCUCCGUGCCAUGGCACUCAAAGCAGUUCCGUUUGCCGAAAAGGUCUCGUCCUACCCGAUGCUCCUCCUCGACAUGAUGGCGCCAUUCUUACUUAUGUAUCUUCUUGUGUGGUACCUCAUCUGGGAUGCGAUUCUCAACUGUAUCGCCGAGCUUACCCGUUUCGGGAAUCGCAACUUCUACAAUGCGUGGUGGAACUCCACCGAUUGGAGCGAGUUCGCCCGUGAUUGGAAUGUGCCCGUGCACAAGUUUCUCCUCAGACACGUAUACCACUCAUCCAUCCUGGCACUAAAGUUGAACCGGUUACAGGCAACCAUUGUUACGUUCCUUCUUUCCUCUUUGCUCCAUGAGUCAACCAUGUUUGUGAUUUUCCACAAAUUCAGGGGGUAUUUACUCUUGUUACAGAUGUCCCAGUUGCCGUUGGUAGCGCUCUCGCGAACCCGGUGGUUGCGUGAUCGGAAGGUUUUAGGGAAUGUUGUGUUUUGGAUCGGUAUUGCCACCGGGCCAAGCUUGAUGUGUACCUUGUAUUUAACGUUUUAACCGCUUGCCAGAGUGCGUAGCGCGAGGUUGAGCGAUUCCAUUUUGUUAGAGGUUAAGCGACGCCACUUUAUUUGAAGGUAUUCUUGCGUAUGCUAGAUGUUUUAAUGGUUAGAACUCGUGCUUGUAUAUUGUGCUAGGAUUUUACUUAGAGCCCACUCCUUAGACAUUCAGCUUCACAGUUCUUCAAGUAUACGUUCUGAGAGUUAACUCUCCACUUCUGGUCACCUAAUUAGUCAGCCUAUUGCUAAACCCCAGGUACUUACAGAAAUAUUUCCAUACCUAGUCAUUAUAUACACGCUAUUUAUACACCUCGU